CACAAGUGUGAUAAUAAUCAAAGCGAAGCAGAGAGUGAAACUGGUCUUAUUUUCUUCAGUAAUUCAACAUUAUUUGCUCUUGAAUGGUCUGUGGAGCAAUGUGUUUCUUAGCAAUCAGAUGACAAAGUGCUGUAAAAAAGUUGUAUAUUACUCUCAUGUGAAAUAUAAAAUUUAAAACUGCUAAAGUUUGGAUUCAAGUGCAAGUGGUGCUUCCAUCCAAUUUCAAUGACCAGUUACUUCCCAUUGGUACUGCAAGCUGAGAACCAAUGACAUUAAGAGAGGUUGUCUAACUUGGAGACACUCGGAUCAAGUAGAGACUGUCUAUUGAGAGCCAAUUGGACAUGUACUUUUAGCUCAAGUGGAUGACAUUUCCCUAGAACAUAAACAAGUUUGACAAUAAUUACAAUAAAAAAAAAGUUUGUGCAAUAGUAAACUGGCAUAUGAACAUAACAGCCAUUGUCUUUCAGCACAGCAAGGAUAGCUCACAGAACAAGUUUACUUUAAUGCACUAAACCUUUUUUGUUUGUGAAAUAUAAAGUUCAAUUUAAAGAAAGAAUAUAAAAGAAGUAAAAGAGAACAAAAAAAAAAUAUGAGAAGACAUUAUGUUUGCUGACUUUCGUACAAUAUACAAGUUUAGAACACUUUGAAUACAAAGUUGUUGUUUUUUUUUAAUUGAGUUCAUUUCACAGAAUUUAGAUAUUAGAAAUUUCACAUUUCAAAAUUUUUACUGCUUCAAAACAAGGCAAGCUCAUAUUCAAAAUAAUUCAAUAACAUUCCCUCGAAUGAAAUGAUGCUCCACUUACGCAAACAGUAUGCAGAACGGAUGUUACAUUUGGUUCUGAUCUUUGUAUUGAUGUCUGUUGCCCAAAGUGGUGCAUGCCCCAGUGCUUGCACCUGCUGGGAAUACCACGUAGACUGCUAUGGGAGACAACUGCAGUUCAUACCUGAGGAUACACCUCUCAUUGUGAAAAAGUUGGAACUUCAAGAAAAUGAAAUUCAAGAUCUAAACAGAGAAAUGUUGAUUCAGUUUCAAGAUUUGGAAAAUAUUUUUCUGAAAAACAACCAAAUUUCUGAGAUCAAGCCUAAGACAUUUGCUAACAUUUCCUCUUUGGAAUCCAUCAAUCUUGAGAAUAACCUGAUUAAAGACAUCGCAGAAGAUGGAUUUUACAAUCUUUCUUCGCUUCAAAUCGUUGACUUGUCAUACAAUCAGCUCUCUGAGAUCUCUGAACAGUUUAAGAAUGUUCCGAGCCUUCAGCGACUCAAUUUAAACUCUAACCAGCUGACCUCUUUAAAAGAGGACAGUUUUACACAUCUAAGAAACCUUGUAUAUCUCACACUGUCAGAUAACCAAAUUUCCCAGAUCACAAAUGCAGCUUUUGAAGGUAUGGAAAAACUGUCCUAUCUAGUGCUGAGUGGGAACCCACUAAAAACUGUGGACAACAUUUUCCAACAAUUAGAGGCUCUCACUUUCUUAGACAUCUCACGCUGCCGAUUGAGACAGUUUCCCACUGGUCUCCCUUGGACUUUAAGGUCUCUGAACAUCUCAAACAACUAUCUGAUGAUUAUCAAAGUAACCGACCUCUCAACCAUAAGGCACAUAAACAGCCUUGACUUUGGUAACAACCAGAUCAGGUUUAUAGAACAUGACGCUUUCUCAAAAGCUCCGUACCUCACAGAAAUACGACUAAGUGGGAACCAACUUGUUCAGCUUCCUCUCAGAAUUCCCAAGACAGUGUUAACAUUUUUGGCAGAAGGCAAUAAAAUCGAGAAGAUUUAUUCUAACAACUUUGACCAUGAUUCUGUCAUGAGCACCUUUUCACUGUACAAUAACAGCAUCUCAGAAAUAGAUGCGUACACCUUUUCAAGGCUGAUCAAUCUUACAACUUUAAACCUUGGUUCAAAUCAAAUCAGCAUGAUCAAGAGCUUCACCUUUGCAGGAUUGCGUCAGUUAACUUGUUUGAACCUGGAAAGAAACCCCAUUGUCACGAUUAAAGACAGGGCAUUCGCAAGUUUGUUCCGUGUCAAGACACUUAAGCUAUCUAGCAUCAAGACCAAUGUUUCAGACAUGGCGGAAAAUGUCUUUCAAGAUUUAUCUUCUCUGAACAGCCUUGACAUUCAAUCCAGUCCUUACAUAGCCCAUAAAAUUAUCACUUCUGCAACGGUGAUACGCACCUUUUAUGACCUGUGGCAUUUGAACUUGAAGAACAAUGGGCUUAAAAAUUUACCGAUGGAGAUCAGAGCAGGUCUUAACAGCUUGAAGGGGAUCCAACUUUCUGACAAUCCGUGGGAAUGUGACAAUAAAAUGCUGGCCUUCAAAAAUUGGAUGAAUGAAUCUCCAAAGUUAUUCACUGAUCAGGUAAUUUGUGCUAGCCCUUACAACCUACAAGGAAGGUCAGUCAAGGAUAUAGAUCCAAAAGAGUUCACAGCACCUACCGUAGAACCUCCAACCACACCAGAAAUGCACAAUUUUACAGUCACAAACACCAGCAAAAAUGUUAGCAAUGACAGCAAUGCCACAGAGUUUACAACACAAAACCUCCCUGAUGCCAAUGUCACAAGCAGCAGACAAUGGCAAGAUGACAAGAAGGUCAAAGAUACAACCAAACAAAUGGACAAAAAUGUUAUGACACUAAGCACAAAUGUAAACAUUCUGACAGACUCACGCCUAUUCCCUUCAGCAACUCUGAACAAGAACGAAAUUACAUCCUCUACCCCAGAAAUAAAUGUUGGUGCUGUGGAUAAAACAAAUUUGUAUCGGCCUCUUGCCCCAACAUCUGUUUUUAAGACAACAGAAGUGGACAGCACUCUGACAACCUUGUUUUUAUAUAACAGCAUUCAACUUCAGUCUAGUUUUGAAAGUGUUACUACUCAAGACUCAACCACCCAAUUUACAGAGAGCAUGCCAUGGACCAGUUUCUCUAUGGAUACUGUGAUGGCGACCAGUAUCCAUGUUUCUUCAACACCAGCCGCUGAUGCUUCCUCCACUUCCUACAGUGACGAGCCCAAUAAUUCAGGCCCAAUAAGUUUUAACAGUAGGGGAAGGAACGCCGGAGACAACAGAUUGCCAACUUUUUCUGCCUCUCCAGGAAGCAGAAUGCAGGUGACCAUAAUUGGUGUCGCAGUGUCCCUGCUCACCCUCGUUGCUGCUCUCUUAACAGCUGUUGCUGUUGUUCACUGCAGACGGCGAAGAAAACGCCUACCCAUAAAUGAUGAACAAACAUUCGCAUCAACUAAUGAAACAUCAGACACUGUUUUUAUUGUCAGACACAUGGCUUCUGAGCCAAUCGCUGCGUCAACAGGUGAAAAUGAAGGUGGCACGACACCAGGGGAAAAGGCAAGCUCAACAUCUCUAUCCUCAUCAAGCUCAUCAAAGUUAGGGUCAAAGUUCAGCAGGCAAAGAUCAUCUACAUCCUCAAGCUCAAAGACCAGCUUUGAUUGUAUUCAUGGAUCAAAGGAUGAUGAUUCAGAAAUGUUGAUGUAUUCAUGGAAAUAAGGGCAGAGAAAAUUCCAGCAGCAAAAUUUUAUCUUUAAGGUCACAUCGAACUGAUUUUUAAAACAAAGCUGCUAUUAAAUAUGAUGCUUUGGUAAAUAUUUGAUCAACAAUGAGCUAUCUAAAUGUUAAACAUUUACAAAAUAAGGAUAAUGUUUAAAAAAUAGAUCAACUUCUAAUUACAACCUAUUCUCCCUAGCAGAAGUGUGAAUGCUAUUUGACUUUCAUAGAUAAAGAAAUGAUUUUUUUUUCCUCAUGUCUUUACCAACAUCUGAAUUUUUACUGAAUUUCCUUUUACUUAUAAAUGUCUGGAUUCUAAAGAAGUUGAUAGUGGAUAGCUUUCCAAAAUAAAUUACAAGAUGCUGUAAAUAAUUAAAUAUAUGGUUUGAACAAAUGUCUGUGAUAAAAGCUUCAGGGUGUAAUCAUGCUUCAUAACCUAGCCUUGCUAUAGCUAAAACUAAUCUAUAAUCUUGCAAUGCUUUUAGGAGUCAUUAAAAUAAUAAGUUGGCAUAUAGACAUUAGUAUUGGAUGGGACACAAUCUAAAAAUGAGAGAUGAGAUUCCAGCCAUUCUACAUAUAUGUAAAGGUCCUACAUGAAAAAUCAUAGAGGUACACAGACUAUAAUCAAAUUGUCUUGUGAAAGUGUUUAGAAAGACCUCAGCUAAAUGCUUUGAAGAGCUCUAUGUGUCUUUAGGAGAGAUGAGAAAGUGACAGAGUGUAAAAUAAAGCAUGUAUGAUAGCAAGCCCAAUCUAAAGAAGGGCAUUCAUUUGUUAUAAAAAUCAUUUUAUCAAGUCCGCACACAUUCAUGUAAAAAAAAAAAAAAAAAAAGCUUACUUGGCAACCGAGCCAUAAAGACCUCCCUCAGUGCUAAAAGUUCAUCAUCUUGACUCAUCGAAUCUGAGCCAAACUCAUUCCGUUCUGGCCAAACCUCCCUGGCCGCUCGAAAUAAAGCAACAGCCUCUGAAAACUUCUGAUCUCUCAGGAACUGUUGGAUGUUGACCAUUGUUUCAACCCUGUAAAAUAGAGUGAGUCAAAUUGAAAAAAAAAUUAGAAAAGUAUUUUAUAUAUCUUGACAAGAAAGAGAUCAUUCUGGGUAUAAUUAAAAACAGCUCAAGUUUCUUCAGCAGCUUUUAAGUGUUCUUUAGAAUGGGAAGAGUCCAGUUAAUUUGAUGGGUGUGUUCUUUUCUAUUCCUUACAAACCAUUCAACUUUUAUCUAGCAGCGACUAUGAAAUUACUGACAAUGGUUCGCAUGUUAGAUCACCAAGUAGUCAAAGCUUCUAUUCAAACUGUUAACACGUGACAAUAAUUUCCUCUCUGUUUCUGAUGUAGUUCAAAGUAAAUAAUGAUGCAAUUAGGUUUAUAACUAGAGCCAAAAAUACAAAGUUUAUUAUAUAUUUUAUAUGUAAACACAUUUUUGUUCUCUACUGUUACAUAUGUGUUUGUAAAAAGUUGUUUUAUGUUUGUACUUAUAGCCAUAAAUAAAAGUUUAUUAUGUAUUUUAAAUGUAAAUACAUUUUUUUUUCUAUUACAUAUGUUAAUAAAAAAAAUUGUUUCUUUUUA